AUGCUUCCGAACCCACGCCAAGAGUCCACGCUUAGCGACAUCCGCGAAAUGCGCGUGUCCAAGUCCACCAAGGCUAGCUACAAGAGUGACUUGAACCAAAUCAAGAAGUUGAUCCCGGGUGCCCUCGCAGGGUAUCGUUCGGCGAUCAAGGAUCAAUUCAAACGCGAAAGCCUGGAAGUCCCCCCUCAGUACGAAAGCGAUGUGAAGGAUGUAUUUCAAGGUGGCAUCAAAGAGUCUGGCAAACGCAAGCACAACUCGUACUCAACUAUCAACGGGUUUUCAAAUGCGAUGAAGCAUAUAUACAAAGAGGAGGGAAGCACUCCUGACGACGAGGCGGCCAUCCGAUUCCAGAAGGAAAAGCCCCACUAA